CGAGCGCCGGCGGGACAAAGUGACUUCUAUUCUUUGCAGCAGCCUCGUAUCCUCCGACGUCAGCGAUGAACAGCCGAUGCACAGAUCCUUGAUCCAACAUGGACUAAAGCGAAGCUUUUGCACUGUUGCCGCCCUUCGUGGUCGCGCUUUGCACCACACAAUCACCCGGCCCUCCAGUCCUACGCGUCAAGUCAAUCGAGGCACAGACGACUCAACCCAAGGGAGAUGGCCUGAUAAUCCCGAAGAGCUCUCCUCGCCGAAUUUGACAUUGCUUGCGGAUGCGAAAUUCCAAGGAUUUCCCCACAUCGAUGAAGCCGAGGAGUGGCAGGCGGAGCAGGAUAAUCAUGGUGUCGUCCGCGGUCGAGGCUCGUCAGCGUGUCCGGCGUCCAAAGCCGAUUUUCGCCAUGGAAUAGAAGAGACUGGGGAGAAUUCAAAUGCAUAUCGUAAGGGAGGGAAGCCUUUGGGUCAAGGGAAUAGGUCCACGAGCUUGUUGGAAGAUCCAAGCGAUGAGGGACGAGACGAUCGAAAUGUUCUCAUGGAACCCGAAUCCCACGCUGUUCAAACACCCUCGAAAUCCCUCGGUGAUGAUACCGCAGGAACGCAAGAUGGCCACGAGAAACCAACAGUCACCGAAAGACCAUACAUGAGGAGACUCCGCAAACCAAAGCGGUUUCGAGAACUCUUGUCAGAGGCGAGAAGAUCUGGCGCCGACAGCACCGCAAGCAUAGACUUGAACAGCGGCAAGCCCAAGAAGACAUUAAUCAGAAGCGCUUUGACAACAACGGUCCUCGAAGCAGAACUGCGGUGGAUUGCGAGGAACACACCGCACCCGCGAGCGGUGCGCAACGUCUUGAAAAUCCUGAUUGAGGAACGGAAAAUAAGGCCGACGCAGGACCACUACGAAGCGCUCAUCCUGGGGCAGUGUUUCCCGGAGUACGGCUCCAUCGACAAUGUCAAGUUGAUCCUGCAAGAAAUGGAAAGAGAAAGCGUCCCCCUGGAAGUGCCCAUUCUUCUCGCGGUGUUGACAGUCCUCGCCGUACAUCCCGAUACACAUCUCCGCGCCUCCGUCGUUUCACGCCUUGCAACACAACAACUUCCCAUUCCUGACACCCACGCCCAUCUAAACAUCCUCGCCUUAAUACGUGAGGGAGAAUUAGAACUCGCAACUGUCGAACUCGAAAAGCUUACUCAGAAACAAUCCUUCAUUGGGGGAAAGGACAGCCCGUCAGUCCCGCAAUGGCUGUGGACCAUCUACAUCCAUGCAAUCUGCGAUGUGCGGCAUGACUUCGACGCUCUCCUGCAGCUUCUAUACAAGCUCUCUGACUCGGGAUUUCUCUUCCCCCGGCCGACGCUACUACACUUGCUGCUCAAGGCGAGUGAACAUGGCGAACCGCACGUUACAAAAUUUAUCUGGUAUGGAUAUGUGACGGGAAUGCAUAUCAUCCCUAAUGAAGACAUAUGCAUGUCCGUCUUGCGACUCGCCGCUAAGGAGAAAGAUGUGAAGCUGGCCGAGUCGGUUGCCGUCGUGCUAGAGAGUGUAGCGGGCAACGCGGCUACAGAUCCGCCGAGCUUGGUUGAUCAAAGACCAGCGUCGCGGCAUGAGGUUGGCAAGUUGGCCUUCGAUUCCCCCGAGCUUCUGGGGCAUGAGCCGGAGUCUGGUCAGCGGCGGGGGGAUUCGACUUCUAUCAAUAACGACAGCAACGAUGACAGCAGUUUCCAAAGCCCUCUGAGCAUUGUCAACCCAACACCAAACUUCUCCGAGCCUACACAACAUCCAUCCCCACAAUCCCAUGCUGACCUGACAAUCGCCUUCUCGACACCACCUGCCCUGCCCAACCCCUCCGACCCACCUCCACGACCACAUACCCUCCCUGCCGAAGCACUGUCACUACUUGCUGAGCUGGGAAUUACCGGCUUCGAGCCUAACGCAGACUUCGACGGCGGCAGCAAACGUCUCAGCUUCCAGAGUGGCGAAUUUGUGGAACAGGGUGGGAGAGCUUCCCGGAGGAGAAGAAGACCCUUCAGAGGUAUCUUGUACCCUUUGUUCAGGGAGGAAGCAGGCCUUUCAGGGGCCAGGUUUGACCCUCGGCUUGCAUUGCUGGAGGGGUGGGAUUGGAGAAAGAAGUGAUGUUUGAAGGUUAGGGUGAUGGGAGUACUGCAGGGAUGAGGUAUGUGUGACUAAUUCAAUCAAAAGGGCCAUUUGCAACAGGUCUUGAAUAUAACCAUCCUUUCAGAGACGGUCGUAACUAGAUAUACUUUUACCUUGUCCGUCCUUGUUCUACAGAGUUGUGUUAUAUCUCCUCGUCGCCUCGCU